AUGAGCUUCGUGGAGAAAGUUCGAUUGCUGGAUUACUGGAAAAUUCAAGAUUCCGCUCUCCAAAAUGAAUUUCCACGUUCUCAUCUAGUUUUGAUGGUGGACCGACGUCUUCUCGUCACUAAAGAUGCUCCAGAAGUCAGAAUGGUUGAACAUUCAUAUGGAGAAUUGAAACAACUUCUCGGAGAAUAUGGAUUGCAGUUCGAUUUGAGCAACUCUUGUCUUUUAGAUGCUCUUCCAGCUGACAAUGACAUGAUUCCUCUCUUCGGAACAUCCAUCGAAGCCGCCGAUCCUCCAGAAGACUCACCAAUUUCUAAAAAAGAUGUUCUGAAACAACUGGGAAAUAGUUUAGGAGGACGGUUUACUGACAUCAGAAUGGCCAUGUUGACAAUGAGAGAAGAGAGACAACGGAAUCUUCUUGCUAAAUUCCAAUCGCUCACCAAAUGGGCAGCCACGUAUCGAAGGUGUCCAAAGUGUGCAGCUGCUUUGAAAAUGAGAUCGAGUAAGAGUGGAGCAGAGUGUGUGACUUGUCAGAGAGUCUACUAUCCAACUUUUUCACCAGUUUCAAUCACUCUCAUUACUGAUCCAACCAACGAACAUGCUCUUCUCGUCAGACAUCGUGGCUCGGCUGGAGGAGUUUUCACUGCUGUAGCCGGAUUUGCUCAUACGGGUGAGAGCAUGGCUGAAUGUGCACGUCGUGAAAUCGCCGAAGAAGUUGGAAUUGAAGUGGAUUCAAUUCGUUCAUUAGACAUGUCUCAACCAUGGCCAAUGCCUGAUUCAUCACUUAUGGUUGCUCAUGUGGCGGUUGCUAAUAUGGAUCAGAAGAUUUCUGUAUGUCCGGAUGAACUCGAAACAGCUCAAUGGUUCUCACGGCAUCAAGUCCGUCAAGCAAUGGAAACUACCCUUGCUGAUCCAUUUUUAAAGAAACUUCCACUCACACUGGAUGAUCGUCAAACACUUCAUUAUAUCCCACCUGCUGGUGCUAUUGCCCAUCAAAUGAUUAGAAAAUGGGUCGACGGGAAAAUAGAUUGCCAUAAUUCUAGAAUGUAG